CUCGUUCCCAUCCCCUCUUUCUCCCCAGCUCCGACGAAGCACAGAGAGCGGUUACUUACGAUUCUACAGUCAACCUCUGGACAUCCACCUGUGAGGACGGAGGAGGUGUUCGACCCCACGACAUCCGGUGUAGUGACAUGAACAGUGUUUAAGAAGACUCGUGGUGCCCUGGUUUCGAUCCUGUCCCUUUCCACUCAUCGAACCUUUCGAUCGAUUAAUGCAACGCAUAGUCGAUCGCAUAAUCGUCGAACGGGCCGAGAAAAGGUUUCAGACGCUCCAGUGUUAGACUUGAUCUUCAUCACGGUGAAUGACGAUGUCCAGGUACCUCGGCCUGAUUCUCGUUAUCACGACGUGUAGCCACGUCUACGGAGCCAAAACAUGCGAGGGGAACGGUCUGGGCCUGAAGUACGUGUGGGGUGACGCGCUGACGGACCCAAUGGACUGCGUAGGCCCGAAUAACAUGCAGUAUCCGUCAGCCGCGAUAUCGAGAAGUUACAAGAACCUGUGGGCGAGCAGUCGAACGGCGAGGUCUCAUCAGCCACGAACGAUCGACCCCGAGCUGACGAGGCAGGCACUUCUGCACAAUUACAAGGCUGUUCACGGCGGCUACUCGAUCGCAGAGAACUCUCGAAACGGACGAGCAUUUUCACCGAGAGAAUCGUGCGGUUCUCCAGCCAGAUUAUGCAAAACGAGGUACAACACUACGGCGCCCAUGUACGGGGUCAGCUUAACCAGUGGUCAACCAGUGACGAUCGUGCAAAAAUUCCCAGAUCUUUUGCAGCAGGUCGUCUUCGAGGUUUGCGAGUCGAAAGAGUGCGACGUGGUCCACGGUGAAUGCACGCAGACGUACGUGCCGUACCUGUUUCUAGUGAUUCCUCUCGGUCCAGUGACCUUGACCGGUCAGGAUUACGUUCUCGUCGAGAGCGGUUGCGUCUGCAAACCGAGGAAUUCGGCAAGCGCCUCGUCGGAGCCACCGGCCGUUCCGAGCUUUUAAACGUUCAUCGAACCCUCCAGAGCUGGUCUGGCGUCGCGAGCAUUUCCAAAGGCGGGCAACUCUCGAGAGCCAGCGUCCAACGUCGCGUCGAGCGCGACUUGUCGCUCAGGAAGGUGAAUCCUCGUGCUCUAAGAACCUCGCCGCCGGGACCUAGUAACCUCUUUGACGGAGCUAGCCCAUCGCCGUCGAGAGACCAGUAUUCAAGUUGCUAGAAAAUGAUUUCUCGGGAGAAAUCGAGAAAAUGGACGAUUUUCCUUCCCGCGAGAUCGUUCGAUUUCCUUCCGCGACGGAAGGUGAGCCGCUUUUUACCUUUGACAUUGAAAUUUCGACCCUUCCCGGUCAAUUGAAACCCGAUUUCGUUUCGAUUACCCGGGGAUUCCAGUGUUUCGCGUCCCGACGAAUAAGUCGCUACCAUCGUUCGUUGGAAUGUAAAAUUCGCUGAUCCGCGUGCCGUUGAAUUUUGCAGGGCAAAUAGUACCGUUUCCGACAGAAAAGCUCUUACACGAUACGAUAUAACUUGGCGCGCUCUCUAAACGUGCCGCAUCGCGUGUCCAUACCGUUCUCUCGUUAGUUUCGUCAAUUUCAGGUGAAAAGGGCUCGAAGAGAUUAUUUCAGCGUGAAAAAAAAAAACGCACGUAUCAGGACGGAGGCGAUCGUUUCGCGGAAUCCGGUCUCGGAAUUCGAUCGAGUUCGUUAGACCUGCCUCGCGAGCCGGUUUCGAGCUGGUGGUACAGGCUGCCUCGUAACAGCGUUCCACGGAAUGCAUCGUACAAGUUAUUCUUUCCAGAGGCAUCGUAAAGUUAUAUCAUUCGGCUCUAUCAGAGUUGCAACCAGCCCGGAAACGUUAAUGGGUUCUUCGAUUCUCCAUCGCUGCACGAUUGUUUUUAACGUGUUCGUACUUUAUUCGUCCUUUCAUCGAUGCUUUUCCUUAUUGCUCGAUUAUAUUUACAACACCGGUAAUUUUCAAGUGUCGGGAAUAUAUAGCAUAGGAAUCCAGUUCUUUAUUAUCAUUAUUCAUCUCCGUAAAUUGUGAAACGCAACGUGCGGUGCGAUCAUAGGUACUUAAUACCGCGAGUUGCAGUGGGAUGCAACAUAUGGCACUUAUCUUUGUUUUUCUUGGCAUAUUACGUUCUUCUUUUGUAUUUAUCAAGUAAUACUUAACAAAACGCACCGCAGGGUGCCCGCUUCAUUUUUUUUUUUUUUGAUAAUUAUGUGCGGAACGCACCGCAUGCUGCGCCCCACGGUCCAAAGCAAUUCUUUGUGGGACAUGCCACAUGGUGAGCCCCACAUAUUUCUUGAAUGUUUCUUUUUUUUUUUUUUUUUCUUUGCGGAUCGUAUCAUUCACUCCGCGCCUUAUUAUUCUUGAGUAAUUACUUUCGAAACGCACCAUGUCCUGCACGAAUUUU